AUGAGCUCCUACUUUGUCAACCCGCUGUACGCCAAGUACAAGGCGGCGGCGGCGGCUGCGGCGGCGGCGGGCGAGCCCCUGGGCCCCGCGUACUACGACUGCCCCUUUGCGCCCGAGCUGAGCGGCCGCCACGCCGCUGCCCUGCUCUACGGGACCAGCGCGGCCGCCGCGGGCUUCCAGCCGCACCCCGGGCCCGGCGGCGGCGGCCCAGACUAUUACCUGCCGGCCGCGGGGAGCCCCGCGGCUGCCUACCAGCCGCCUCCUCCCCCCGCGCCCGCGCCGCCUCCUCCUGCCCCCUGCGGCGGGAUUACCUGUCACGGGGAGCCCGCGAAAUUUUACGGAUACGAUAAUUUACAGAGACAGCAGCUUUUUACGACCCAGCAAGAGGCCGAGCUGGUACAAUAUCCUGACUGUAAAUCGUCCAGUGCUAAUAUUGGCGAGGAACCAGACCACUUAAAUCAGAGCUCGUCUCCCGCUCCAAUGUUCCCCUGGAUGAGACCGCAAGCAGCGCCUGGUAGGAGGAGAGGAAGACAAACAUACAGUCGUUUCCAGACGCUAGAGCUGGAAAAGGAAUUUCUGUUUAACCCUUAUCUGACACGGAAGAGAAGGAUUGAGGUAUCCCACGCGCUAGGACUCACCGAGAGGCAGGUAAAGAUCUGGUUUCAGAACAGGAGGAUGAAAUGGAAAAAAGAAAACAACAAGGACAAAUUCCCAGCUUCCAGGCAGGAGGGAAAGGAAGGGGAGGCCAAAAAGGAAGCACAUGAUCUGGAAGAAGACAGAGCUGAAGGCCAGACGAAUUAAGUUUGGCUUUUAAACAUUAAUAAAAGAUUAUUGGAAAUAACGAUCCACAUAUGCUGGGAAACACGGCCGGUUUUCUUUGUUGCAAAGGUCUUUACGUAUGUUUCAAGUUAUCCUGUGUCAUUGGCUUGACGUUUCUGAGCUUUGUGUUCUGUGGUUUUGUUUUUACUGUAUCAGGCACAAUCUCUAGCUCACUUACUCUUAUUUACAUGGAAAUUUGAUACCGAAUUUGUAGCAAUAUAUUUUUAUUGUAAUUUUCCAAUGUUUAAAAGAUGGUGAUUACUGUCAACGACAUAAACUUCCUAAUGAUAAGUACCAAUAAGCGAGACAUAAAAUGCUUUAUUAAUCAGAACAAGUGCACUUGUACUAUUUUAAACUUUUUGCUAUAUUAUGUUGAGUAAGUUAAAGAAAUCUAAUAA